UUGAAAUAUUUAACUAUGCCUCCUAAGCAUCCGAUGUCAUGUCCUUGGCCAUCAGCCAAGCGCGUUAACACUUGAAAAAAAGUUGGAAAUUAUGAACAGCGUGGCAUCCGCUUAAGGCAACACAGCUCUGGGACACUACUGCAGGGAACAGAAUUUGCCUUUAAAGUUCCUUUGUUGCUUGACAAUGUGCCAGCCCAUCCGAAACAUUUGGACAGCAUUUCUCCUAACAUAACAGUGCGUUUCCUGCCACCUGACACAACAUUGCUGAUUCAACCACUUGACCAAGGUGUGAUCCACCUUCAAGGCGUAUUUUUUACGGCAAAUUAUCUCUCAGAUGCUGCAAGCAACAGACGAUUUUGAAAAUCCCAGGAGUUUACCAGCAGUGAGGGAAUGCUGGAAGUCGGAACACUUAGCACAAAUGGUGACGGACAUGGACCCAAGUUUAGCACAGAAUCAGCACCUCAGUCAUUUCCUGCCAUCAACCCUUCUUCCCUAUGAGCAAACUAAUGCUGAAAAACAAAAUGCUGCCAAGCAAACGACCCUCACCAAACUGGUGUCAUCUCCUGCUGCCGGCAGUUCUGAGAGUUCUGUGAGUUUUCCUUCACCCCUUGCUGUGCUGGAUAUGAUCCUGACGACCACAACCAUCCACCUCAUCCGUGUAAAGCUGACCGACACCACAACAACCACUCAUCUCCCAGAGCCAACACACCUGCCACUGUUGAGGAAACUCAAGACCUUCAUCUGCAAGCCAGAUUCUGAAUGUCAGGGGCGAGGCAUCUUUUUGACCCAGAACAUCAGAGAUAUUCAGCCUGGGGAGGACAUGAUCUGCCAGGUCUACAUUCUGAAGGUACUUUACUGCACUCUUGACUCUCUGCCUAGAACGUUAACACUUUUUAACUGCAUUCUGGCUUCCCUCUUACCCCUUCUCUUCUCCUCACCUCCUGCUCAUGCUCCUCCUCCUUACCUCUCUCCCACUGUCCACUGCCCCUCCUGUCAGAUUCCUCCUUCUUCAGCCCUUUGCCUCUUCCACCUAUCACCUCCCAGCUUCUUUCUUCAUCCCCUGCCCCCCCCCAGUCCCCACCCACCUUUCUCCUCACCUGGUCUCACCGAUCGAGCGUGUGGCAGAGAUAAGGAGCCGACCACCUACAGACACCGGCGGAAGCCGCUCGCCCUCCCGGCACGCAAGUUGCGCGAUGACGUUGCCGCGGCUGCACGUUCCCAGACGUCGGACGCGGUGACGCAAGCACGCCGCGCCGGCGCUCGGAUUCCCGAGGGACUCUCGGCUCGGCUCAGCUGCUGCUUUGUUCUCGGGCUCUCGUUGGCCGGCCAGAGCCGGUGA